AUGAUGAUAUACUUGUGGAAGAAAUUGCAAAACAUCCUUCGUUGUGGCAGCUCUCACAUGCCAAAUAUAAAGGACCAAAGGGUAAAGGACAACAUCUGGGCAGAAGUUGCAGAGAAAACACACGCCUACAACCCCGCACACACACUCCUGCGCCCUCCCGCCAUCCAGCCACACCCCUGCACCCCUCCCUCCUCCCUCCAUGGUCCUAGGUCCCAAUUACAGAACCAUGACACUACGCCAGGAAGCUCCGAGGAGUGUAAAAUGUGGUCCAACGUGCGUGUGGCAGCCGUGGUGGUGGUGGCGCUCCUGGCGGUGGCGGAGGCGUCGUACCUCGCCGCUCCCAGCUACCACAGGCCUGCCCCUUGCUACCCGGAAACCAAAUACGUCACCCAGUACCAGACGCAGGUCAAGGAGGUCCCAGUGUACAAGACCCAGUACCAGACCCAGGUCGUGCCCACCACCAUCUACCAGACCCAGUACCAAACCCAGUACCAAACUGUGUACAAGACUCAGUACCAAACCCAGUACGUCACCCAGACUGAGUACAAGACCCAGGUGCAGUACCAGACCCAGUACGAGACCGUGUACAAGACCCAGGUGGUGCCCCAGUACAUCACCACCACCCACUACCAGACCCAGUACAAGACCCAGGUGCAGUACCAGACCCAGUACGUCACCCAGACCCAGUACCAGACGGUGUACAAGACCCAGAUCCAGCCCCAGUACAUCACCACCACCCAAGUCCAGUACAAGACCCAGUACCAGACCAAGGUCGUGCCCCAGUACCACACCGUCACCCAGACCCAGCACAGUUACAAGACCGUCUGCCCCAAGCCCUCUUACGGCAGCAGCGGGUAUGGCUACUAAGACCACCACGCCACACGCCACGCAUCAUCGCCACGCCCCUGUGGAGAGUCACCCAAGGGAAGCAUACCCGUACAUUAAGUCUCUGUCCUUUCCCUCACACGCAUCAAUGACCUGUGCUAUACUCACCCUCACUUGGUUCCAAACGCGCCUUAAAAAUUGAAAUUACUUCUCACUUUUGUAUUAUCUUUCUCACGUAUCUAAUUCUACAUCUUUUUCCCCCAUACUUCUCUCAGUCUUCCUCCUCUCCCCUUCCUCCAAUUCCCGUAACAGCGAGGGGAAUAUCUUCUCUCUGAUAUGUAAAUUAUUAUUAUUUGUAUUGUAAGUCUCGUGGUUGUCAUGAUAAGUAUACACACUCAAGGACACACACGCUCCCUUGGUGAUGUUUAUACUCGAGUACCCGAACCAAGUGUAAUAUAAACCCUAACAAUAAAAUGUCUAAUGUA